UCAGCGCCUCUCGCGCGCUCGCCUUUUCGCGCGGGGCGCCUCAGUGUGUUGUCCUGGCAACGCGCGUGCAGCGUCGCUGUACCUGCCAGCUGCUGGAGAAGCGGAAAGGAAGAUGGAGGAGAACGUUAGAGACCCCGAUACUGGCAGUGAGACAGGAGGAGAAGAUGCUUUGCUGGGGAAUGUGAGCAAACUGACUGUCACUCCUCCAGGACACACAGGAGCGGCCAGAAAAGGACACCUUGUCUUUGAUGCCUGCUUUGAGAGUGGUAAUUUGGGACGUGUAGACUACAUUAGUGAGUUUGAGUUUGACCUCUUCAUCCGACCUGACACAUGCAAUCCUCGCUUCAGAGUCUGGUUUAACUUUACUGUUGAGCAUGUCAGGGAGACACAGAGAGUAAUCUUUAACAUUGUGAACUUCAGUAAGACCAAGAGCUUGUACAGAGAUGGGAUGGCUCCAGUGGUGAAGUCUACAAGUCGACCUAAAUGGCAAAGACUGCCAGCCAAGAAUGUGUAUUAUUACCGGUGCCCGGACCAUCGGAGGAACUAUGUGAUGUCCUUCGCCUUCUGUUUCGACCGCGAGGAUGACGUGUACCAGUUUGCCUACUGUUACCCCUACACCUACUCUCGCCUACAGCACUAUCUGUCCAGCCUUGAGCAAAGAAACCUAGACUACCUAAAGAGAGAGCAGCUGGGUCUCAGCGUGCAACAGCGAAAGUUGGACCUCCUCACCAUCACUAACCCAGCUAACCUGAGCCCAGAGCGAGAGAAACGUGUGGUUUUCCUCACAGCACGUGUUCACCCAGGAGAAUCACCUGCGUCUUUCAUCUGCCAGGGUGUUAUCGACUUCCUGGUGAGCCAGCACCCUGUGGCACAAGUCCUGCGUGAUCAUGUGGUCUUUAAAAUCGUACCCAUGCUCAACCCUGAUGGUGUGUACCUGGGCAACUACAGGUGCUCCCUGAUGGGUUUUGACCUGAACCGUCACUGGCAGGACCCAUCCCAGUGGGCUCAUCCCACUCUACAUGCUGUCAAACAACUCAUCAUCCAAAUGAACCAAGAUCCUAAAGUGAGUCUGGAGUUCUACAUUGACGUACAUGCUCACUCCACCAUGAUGAAUGGCUUCAUGUAUGGCAACGUGUUUGAGGAGGAGGAGCGCGUGCAGAGACAGGCCGUCUUCCCCCGCCUACUGUGCCACAACGCGCCCGACUUCUCUCUUUCUAGUACAUCAUUUAACCGUGACGUGGUUAAAGCAGGGACAGGACGGCGCUUCCUUGGAGGUCUCCUAGAUGACACGUCCUACUGCUACACUCUGGAGGUGUCCUUCUACAGCUUUCUGACUGCAGGCAGCACCACGCCUAUCCCAUACACAGAGGACAGCUAUAUGAAGCUGGGUAAAAACGUGGCCCGGACCUUUCUGGAUUAUUAUAAACUAAACAGUCUGAUUGAUGAGAAUAAAUUAACAAGUCAAUUUAGUCUGGAUGCUGCAGCUGCUGGUCACCAGGGAAGCAACGCUCGAAAAGGAAAGAAUCAAAAUUGGGACAAAAAUGAGAGAAGAUUCCAAGGAGUGAGAAACUAAUGAAGCAAAAUGUCAUAUAAGUUUCCAAUCAUGAUUACUUAGUGCUUCCUUGACAUUGAUGAAAGGGAAAAAAAACAUAAUUUACAAUCAGUUUCUGGGCUACACAAUAACCCACCUAUUAUUGCCAAUGUUCUGAAAUCUCUGCACAAUGCUAUGGUAUUGACUGUUGUAACUUCAGCUAUUUGUUAUCAUUGGUUUCUCCUUGCCUUUCUUUUUUUAAAUACCAACAGCAUGUUUCCUGUGGUUUUGGUGUUAUCCUUUAAAUGAAACUCAAUCGUACUUAUUGCUCUUAUUGCAUGUAUUAUAUUAGGAUUUGUGUUUGAGUUUACUUUCUGGCUUGUGUCUGAAUGCAUAAAGAUUGUUGGUAAAAGAGGAACAUGAUUAUUGUAUAUGAGGACUGUAUUUAAUCCACACAGUUUUUUUUUAAAUUUGCAAUUCAUUACUGUGAUUUUAUUCAGUUUUAAAUCGCAAUUACAAAAAUGAUUAAUUUCAAAAUUCAUUAUGAACUAUUAACACACUGCCUACUAUCUUCCACAGUAUUAUUACAUAGCUUUGGCACUGGAACAGACAAGGCCACAGAUCUGGAGAAAGCUGUCCAUGGUUUCUGCUUCAAUAGUCACAAAAGAAUUCAAUAUUUUGCAAAAUAGUGCAAAAAUAGGCAAUGCCAACCACUGUGUUCUGUCGUGCAGCAUUCUCUCCACUGUUCUGUGUGAAAAACCAUUAAAAUGAUUCACGACUGAGUUCACCUAAACAAAGACAAUUCCCCUGCGUGAGGUUUGACAUUUUCAUGAGAACAUUUUGUUAUGAAUUUAAAAAAAAUAAAAAAAGAUUUGAAAUGUUUCAGAGAACAGUCACUGUAUGCUUACAUUGUUA